AUGGGUUGUUCAUCAGCAAAAUAAGAAAGAUAGUGUACCCCAUUGUAAACUAUAAAUAGAAAAGUCAAGUUAAGAUGGUUGGGUCAUUCAGGUUUUAGAAUAGAAGUUCCAGACAUUCAGGAUGCAAGCAUCAACAGGUGUAUUUAUAUAGAUCCCUGGCUGGAUAAUCCAUUCCUACCAGAGGACUUGAAAGGGAAGGUCCCUAACGAUGCAGAUCUAGUUCUAAUCACACAUGGGCACUUUGAUCAUUCUUCUAGCGCUCCUGGAAUCAUAAAAGCUUCAUCUAAAAAAGAGGCUAAGAUUAUUUGCAACUACGAAUUGUUCCAGUUUUACCAGAAGCAUCACGGAGUGAAGGAGGAACAAGGAGCACCUAUGAAUAAGGGAGGCUAGCUAGACUUUGGAUAUUGCCGAGUUCAGAUGGUCUCAGCAGAUCAUUCAUCAACCUGUUUGUUGCGUGACUAAACUAUGACUUAAGGAGGUGAACCUUGUGGUUUUGUAGUAUCUGCUGGAGGAGCUAAUAUAUAUCAUGCAGGUGAUACAAAUGUGUUUGGGAAUAUGGCCAUCAUAGACAAACUUUAUAAACCAACACACUUAUUGCUGCCUAUCGGAGGAUCUUUCACAAUGGGCCCUAGAGAAGCUGCUUAUGCAGUCAGCAGAUUUUUACCCUCUGCCACAGUAACUAUUCCAAUGCACUUUGGAACAUUCCCUCUUCUAAAAGGAACCACUGAGGAAUUUGAAGCACAUUUGAGAAAGUUUUAGCCAGAGUUUAAAAGAAAACCAAUUAAGGUUAUAGCUCCGUAGAAAUUAAUGCUUUUGGAUUCAGUAUUACCUUGA